UUACAAUGGCGGCCAUAAUCAUUUUGGUUACUAUUUUGGAAUGUUAAAUUUAGAAUUGAGCUUAACUGUUUAAAAAAUGGAUUAUACGAUUGUGACAAUUCAUUUGUUGUUGGAAUAUAUUUAUAGUGCACAUUUGUUAAAAUGUUUUGAUUGGCACCAUUCUGUAAAACAGCGGUGCAAAGCUGUUUGUUUAUAAAAACAGGAUCGACCUAAUUUUCGGAUGAAUUUAUUGUUUUUAAGGUUUUAAAGUGAAUUUUGUUAAUUUGAUAAAGUAACAGUACGAGUGUCGUCUUCAGCAUUGCCUAUAACGUCAAAGGUAUGUCAUAAAGCACACCAUAUCUGCUAGAAAUGUGAAGUCCUGUCAGUUGAGAUGAGUUGUUUAAUGAGACGACCAGGCCUUUCUGAAAACAAUUUUUGUAGAAAUGGCGGAGAUGAUGAUUAUGAUGGCCCAGUGGACAUGACGAUGGCAUCCGAUGACCUGUACCGCUCUCCCACCCAGACCUACCCUGGAUGCUUUGGUCUUCCUUACCAGGAUCACAACUAUGGUGCCCCUCCGCCCCCUACCCCACCAACACCCCCACUGGUUGCCAUGCCCAUCAAGCCCGCAGAGGGCGGUGUGGAGGUGAAGGAGGAGGUCGUGUUGACCUCGGACACGCCCACCCUGACACGCCUCUCCACUGAGACUCUCAGCGAGGACCAGGACGAGGCAGAUGACCCAACACGGUGUAUCUGUGACUUUGUGCACGAUGAUGGGUACAUGAUUCAGUGUGAUAAAUGCAGCGUGUGGCAGCACAUAGUGUGCAUGGGUCUGGACAGGGACAGCAUACCAGACGUGUACCUGUGUGAGGUGUGCAAUCCCCGCGCCGUGGACCGCGCACGGGCCCGGGAGUUCCAGAUCAGGAAACGGGAAUUCCUGAAAACACUCAUAGUGAAGACUCACGAUUCUAGCACGGACACUGACCCAGAGGAAGUGAACAACAGGCUGAAGGCAUAUGGGCUUGAUCACGGAGCUAACAGUCACAAGGCAAAAAUGAAACUAAAGAAACGCAAAGAACGGACGAAAUCCUUGCCCAUCAAAAGAAUUAAGAGCAAGGAAUUGAAGACAGAAAAAGAAAAAGAAAAUGCUAGCAAUGAAGCCAAUCGCAAAAGCAAAUUGCUGAUCAAGGACUUUUCUUCCAAAACUGCACAAGCUCGAAAAGAAAAGUUGUGUAAAAAGAUAGAGCGUAUGCGUGCCGAGCGACUCAGCAAAGAGAUGUUGGACGACAAGCUGAGCAGUGACGAUCUCCGUGACGAUGAGAAGAUCAUCAACACCAUCACCAGCACGCCUGUCACACAUGACGAGAGUGCGCAGGACCUCUGGGAUAUCUCCACGUUCAAUGAAUGGGAGCAGAGUUAUGAGACGGCCCGCUAUAAUCAGUACACCACCUAUGUACAAGAGUACCUAAACUCUACCUGCGUGAAUGGACACCAUAAUGAUAUUGCUGACUUGGUCACAGAUGGACUACGUGUUCAACGCUGCUUUGUAAAACACUUGAAAAAUCGUCGCAAGGGAUUGGAGGCCUCCUGUAACAUUCCCAAUGGUCAACCAAUCAUUGAGGUGAUUGGAAAGGUGAUGACCAAGCAGCAGUACGACAAAGACAACUUUGGACAAAGACAGUUAAGUCCCUUUGUGUUUUUCUAUGGGACGGUGUUUGAUCUGGAUCUGGUCAUUGAUGCCAGUGACUAUGGAAAUGAUGCCCGCUUCAUCCGUAGGUCUUGCCAGCCCAAUGCAGCUGUACAUCAUGUGGUGGCUGGCGGUCAGGCUCAUUUUAUCACUGUGGCAACCAAAGAGAUACCUGAGCGAACAGAGAUCACUAUACCAUUUGAUUACGAUUACAAGAAAUGGAACUUCUGCUUUGAGUGUGCGUGUUUACGAAACAACUGCCCUGUCACACGGUAUCAGAAGCGAAGACUUCGAUUUCAAAAGAUGCAGCAGCAGAAUAUCAGUUCACCGCUGAAGAAGUAUCAUAAGCCAGACAAAGUUCCUAAACUGAUCAUAAGAACACCAGGCAAGUCGCCGACCAAGUCUCCAGUAAAGCCGACGGUUAAAUCGCCCGAGAAGGCCCUGCCUGAAGUGAUCAGCCCCUCAAUCGACCCGAUUCACUUGAGCCCCACCAGCUCGGUUGCCAGUCCAGCGAAAAUGUUGAGGCGGUCACAGGUCUCCAAGUCUGUGGAUAGCAGGAUCAGUCACGGGUCCAAUGCCAGGAUCAGGUCACUAAGAGUCCCUUCACAGAACUCUAACAACACAAACAGCUGCGCGGUCCCCAAUUCCAUUACUGCCCCGGAGCCCACCUCCAUGCUGCGAUCCUCUGACACUGACCCCUUGACCUCCCCUGAAUGCAAGGAUUCAAGCGCCAAGCAAGAGUCCUCCGAGAUGCCUAAAGAGGAGAAACGCAAAUUGACACGAGAAGAGCGAAAGAUGGAGGCUAUAAUGAAGGCGUUUGAGAAAAUGGAGAAGCGUAAUACGCGCAAGGCCAGUGUAGAUCCGCAGAAAUUUACUGAGAGCAUUGACACAAAGUAUAGCAAAAUCAAUGAGACCCAAAAAGAGAAGAGCAAGGAAUGGAAGGAAGUGAAGAAAGGAAUCAAAAAAGAGAAGGUUGAGAGUGGGUCUGACUCAGACUCUCUGACAAAAGACAGAAGGGAGAUAAAGCAGGAGGAGGAGGUGGACAAGCAUGCUUCUGUGAAGGUUGAGGACACCUCUCCAGAGAAGAAAGUCAAGAUAGAAACAACGGAUCAUGGAGAGGCACUGAACAAGCCCGUGCUGAGAGACCGAACCCAAUCAAAAGGGAAGAAAACCAAGAAAGGUGGCAGAAGGUGGGUUGUGUCUUAUACUUCUAAGAGAAGGCGCACACGUAACAUGAGUGGAGCGGGCAGCUCCGACGUGCAGAUGGAGUCCCAAGAGGAGAAUAGCAACAGUGGCCUGCCCCUGGCUGCAGCCAUCAGCUGCCCUCCCACCCCUGCGAUCGCAGUGGACUUUGCUUCGGAUGUGCCGCCCGCUUUCAGAUUCCUCAAAACUAAACGGCAUCUUAUGAACGAAUGGCUGAGUGAGAAGAGCAUUGAAGGGCGAGCGGCCGUAAGUCGCGCUGAACCCCUUGAGGUCGCGGUAGAUGACAGCAUGUUUGUCACCUGCCUGCCCAGCCCGCGCAACUCCAUGGACAGGCUGCGCAGGAACAGUCAGAGCUCCGGAGUACGCGAACGCUCCGUGUCCCUGAAUCAGGAGACCAGCGCAGGCUCAGCCAAGAAGCGUUGGUUACGUCAGGCGAUGGGUGAAGGGACAGAGUCCACCUCGGGCUCCCCACUGCCGGGCUCUGGCUGUCAGAGCCCCAACCCUCACGCCAUGCCCAGCCCCGGGGGCUCACCUCCCAUAGAUUUUGUGACGCCCCUGAAGAAACGUCGACUAGCGAGAGAAUCAAUGACUGUCGAGUGUGGGUACGGCGACCUAUCAGCACCCACUCCAAGCGUAGGUCCCGCUCAGACAUCCAGCUACUUCGCAGGCCUGUCUGAGUCAUUUGAGAAUAUCAAGAAUAGUAAUGGGCUCCAUAUGGUGUUUUCUCCACUUACAACUGUUGAGGAUGUGGCAGGUGUUACAGAGGGGUUUAAGGCAGAAUCAACAAAUGUCUCUGAAGUGCCAGUCGCUAGUGACCAUACAGACAUGGAGAUAUCCCCCAGAUUCAGGGCGCCACAGUAUGAUGGGUCGGUGGUAAGCUCCAAUGAAUGUGACAGAAUUGGCAAUGGAACAGAUUCUGAGAUAAAUACAUUUCGCGGUACCACUGACGAGUCGAUCUCAAAUAUGGACAAUAAUGUCUCGUCAGAGUGUGCUGUCUAUGAGGCGAUGGGGAGUUGGAAUGUCGCUGAACAAACGGAAAACUGUGAUCAAAAUUUCAUUAAAAGUGCUAGUAGGUCAAGUAGGUCGGAGCCAGACAGUAGUGACUGUGCUCUAGUGGAUAAAGAGGAACGCGUGUCGGCUGCAGAGCUGGAAUGUGACAGCGGCUCACAGGAAGUGCAUGCCUCCGCGCAGGCUGGUCAACGUGGCAACGAGGUGGACUCGGCAGUGGUCAAUUGCGAGCCGGUCAGUGAACAAGUGGACAGCACAGAGUGUGGAGAAGAAGCCAUGGAUACUAAUGCAGUCAGUAGCCCUGUGACUCUGUCAGAGAAUAACCAGUGUGAUAGUUGCAAUAGCGAGACAACAGACUCUGUAUUGAUAUCAAAGGACCUUUCUCCGCAUGGGCCAUCAAGCGUUUUUAGUGAUAAAGUGUGCACAUCAUCAAACAUUUCAUCAUCGCCAUCAUUUGUAGACUCUGUGAGUAAUGAAGAGUCUAGUACCGUUCAAAUUGUGUCACAUGUUGACUCGAGUACAGACAAAGGUAAUUUUGUGUCCGCAUCAAAUGCGCUGGAUGUUUCGGGUUCAAAUAUUGCCGAUGACUCAGCCAACACUUACAAUACUUCCCCACGUGUUUCACUUUCGCUGGAUUUUAACAGUGUAUUAUCUGACAAUGAAGUGUCCAAUAGCCAUUGUGAAGAGAGGAGACUGUCAAUAACCAGCCAUUCUCUCUCGUCCAGAAAUGUCUCAGACCCUUUCGUGGUGUCGUCCUACGGUAACAUUGACAUCAACCCGGGUCCCAAUCGUCACCUGAAGUUCUUGAAUGAGAACAGCUACAGCGCUGAUAUGACUGUUGAUUCCACCACUCAGUAUGUCUCUCACAUGUCUGCGGCCUCAGUGAACUAUGACUCGGACUCGAUGGAUGUAACUUCAGCCACUGAACCAGGCUACCAGCUCUGUGGAGAUGACAGUCGCAGGACGAGUGAUGACUCGUUGUCAAGUUGUCCUGAAUCCAGUUUUUGUGCUGAAUCUCAGUUGCCCAAAGAAAAGAAAAAGGUGAGCAUCCAGGAGUAUCUGCAGCGAAAGAAAGAGAAGACGAGCACCAGCUCCUCUAGCCCUUCGGCCUCCCAGGAUCCCUCGGUAUCCAUGACAACGAGCAACAGGUCCGCCAGCGUGUCCAGUACCAGCAGCACAUCCCCCCUGAAACUGUCCACACCAAUAUCACGGGAGAAGUUGGACAGAAAGCUGCCACCUCUGCCAUCUCUUCCAUCUCUACCAAUGUUUGAGAAAACUGAUAGGAAAGAAUUUAAAAGUUCCUCGGAUCUCUUGUCCCCUAUUUUCAAUCGUAAAGACAAGCAAGAGGAAGCUCGCAAGCACGUCAGUCUAGCCGAGAGGUUGCGAUCAGAGUUUGGACUGGACGAUAGCGCGGACAUAGAAGCAGACAUUGACUCCAAUAUCGACACUAGUGUGAAAGCUGCUGGUAUUCUGGACGGAGAUGCCCCUCCCCCACCUCCACCACCUCCCCCUAACUCCAGUCUGAGGACUGGAGCUGGGAUCCAGUCUGCAGGGCGCCAGUUGAGGUUUCAGAAUGGGCCCACAUCCCACGCGAUGGCAUUUGCGACACAAGGGAACCGAUCCACCGCUGAUCUGCUGAUGUCCAAUCUGGGCUCGGCCAGCGCUCCUCAGAUGGUCCCACCACCCAGCCCUGCGGUGAAACCUUUGAACAAUCUUGGGGCUAGCAAGAGUCCCAUUCAGGGCUCACUGAGCACUUUGCUGUCAAGUGUGAAAACCCCACAGCAGAUACAAAACGAUCUCAGCGUUCAGCUUGCAGCAAUUAAAGCACAACUGAACAAAGUACAGCAGCAGGCCAGUCUACCUUCGGCUACCAAUAUGUCAGCUGCACCCAUGGACCAGCUGCCGACCAACCCAGUGAAUGGCAUGGCAUCGUCUAUGGGCAUGGCCUCCCAGGUAUUUGAAUACGGUCAUCAGUCGAACACCAACUUCCAGAGGCAGAACUCAUACCUUGGGGGUUCUAGUGGUCUGGCGGCCUCUACAGCGCCAAAUGGAAAUAGUUACCAGGGUAACGGCAAGUCACCAUCACUGGGGGGCACUUGGAUAGCACAGGGUCCUGGUGGUCAUGGUUUUGCAGAGGCGGCUGCUUUACCGCAGAACGGUUCUGGUAAUUAUAGUACUUUACAAGAUAAGUCACCGGUCUGGAACCAUAGACGUUCAAGUGCUGGUGGCAAACAUCCGGCCUCUGAUAGAAAGCCCUUUGGCAAACAAAUAUCACAUAAAUACUGAAAGGACAAACUAUUGAAGGACUACUACAUAUGUUCCUUACAAGAUAAGUCAUCUCGAACCAUAGAUGGUCAAGUGCUGGUGGCAAACAUCCAGCAUCUGAUAGAAAGCCCUUUGGCAAACAAAUAUCACAUAAAUACUGAAAAGGACUUACUAUUGAUGGGCUAUUACAUAUGUUCGAAAAUGUGUUAUGAAGGCAUGUGUAAAGUAGAAGUGUGUUCACCAUUAGAGACAUUUUUGUUUGCCUGCUUAGUGACAUUUCUACAUCACUAAAGACAGAGUGUGUAUGGUGUACAUUAUAUUAAAGUCAAAGGCAGCAUUGUUUGUUACGGAUUUUGUUACUUGUGUUGCAAGAUUUAUUUUAAGGUGUAAAUAACUCAUUUGCUGAAAUAAUCCAUGUUGAAAUACUAUGUGAACACAUUGGUGAUGUAAAUGUGACCACUGUAUAUACAUGUACCUGUUAUUUUUAUUUCAAAAGGCAUUACUUAUAUUUGCCAUAUCUUCAUCUACGUGUAUACAGAUGAGAUGUAUAGUGUAUAGUGAAAAUACUUGUAUUUUGUUAAUAGCAGAACUAUUGACUUUGUAUCCAAACACUAAGAUUUGAACUUAACUAAAAUAACAAGCACUGUGUGAUGAUGUAGAUAUGUUUGUGUGUUGUAAAGACAAUGCGCCCCAUUGGUGCAGAAAGGUACCAUGGUAUUGAAAUUAAAAGGCACAUGGAACCCUUUUGCACCAAUGCGGCGACAUUUAACUACUUGUUUGUUGCAUAUUUCAAGGGAUCAGCAGUUUAAAAUUUACUGCUUGUGGCUGCCUUUGCAGCUGCAUUGAUAUGUUAUUGAUUGAAACAUGUUGUUGUUGUGUCAUCUGCGGUAUGUCUAUCUGUUUGUGAGUGUACGUACCAAAUGUAUAUAAAAUGUGUCAUUAUUUAUUGUCAUUUUGCCAUCUUUUCUGUCACUUACCCCAAUUUCUGGUGCAAUAUACAGUUAAAGGUAGAAUGCUGAUGUACAUGAAUUUCAAUUUCGAAAGUAAUAAGAGGUUUAAAUAUGUACACCCUUGUUAACUUCAAUAAACAAAUGUACAUGUUUGAGAAAUUGAAGUCAGUUCUGUUAAUAAAUAUUGUAGAUUUGUUUAUUUGGUUAGGGUAAACAAUUUUUAGCACACUGCCUUUAAUUUGUCACAAACAUGCCAACAUGGGAGCCGGGUCUUUGGAAAAUGGGUAUUAUGCCAUAUUAGGCCAGCGUAGCUCCAGACAAGCCUGCGCAUUGGUGCAGUCUGGUAAUGAGCUAUCCUUUCAACUAGAAAGUGGUGCAAGGUUGAACAGUCUCAUAAGUUGACAUUAUUAUCCCUCUUGCAAAGGCAAAUCUGGAGCUAUAUUGUGCAAAUAUGUCAUAAGGCCCAUUUUCGGACAAAGCUUCUCGUGUCAUAUUUGGAAUGUAUUGCAUUAGACUUGGUGCACUGUUCUGAACUAUCACAUUUCUGUCUUUACUUUUGUACAUGGUGUACAUAUGUAAAUAGAAGCUUUUUACGGAGAUGUCUAUUUUUGUAAGUGUACAGUGGUGUUUUUGUCAUGUGUCAUAGCGAUAAUUUUACUUGUAUAGGGCUGCUAUCUUAUAGAGUUAUUUAACAACCUGCAGGAAUGCACAUAAGGAAUCUCUUUGUAUAACUGUAGCACAACAAAUGAAAAUAUUUGACUGAAAUAACGCAAAUAAAGGCAGACUAUGUCUUCUUGAAUAAACAAAUGUAAAAUAUAUUUAUUUUUUAUUUUUUAAUCGUUUUGAAAUUUAUUUAUUGCAAAGAAUAAACUAUGCGAUGAACAUGUGAUUUUUUCUCAUAUACAAAAUUGUGAUUUGUAUUGGUUAAAGGUCUGCAUACUUACUUCUGUCAAAAUGGAAGCUUACAAAAAAUAUAUUGCUGUAAUCCACAAAUUGCUUUUGGAGAAUUCCAGUUUCUUAAAAGUUGUAUAUUAAUUUCUUUUUUAUUGUCUGAAUAAUAGUUUUAGUUCAAAUGUGCUCAAAUGUUAUGAUGGUUUAAUAUGUGUUGUUAGUUAUACAUCAACCUGUUUUCUGCCUAAGAAUCAGAGGUUUACAUCCAGUCAAAAUCUGCCUUAAGAUCCAGAACAUAACAAAACUGACGAUUAAAAAUCAUGAACAAUUUUUCAAAAUCGCAAAUAUUCCGCAUUGUUAACUUAAAGUUGAAAUAAAAUGUGCUAUUUGAUGUGUUUGUAUUUUCAUGUUUGUGUACUCGUCUGUUGCUUUGUUAUAUAUUUGGUUGGAAAACCACCCAAGCUACUGUAAGCCUAAUGCCAGAAUAACGCAUUGAUACCAGUGAAAUUAUCGACUUGAGAUCAUGUAAUACUUCACGAGGCCAAAACAAUUGAUUAAAUGUUCCUCGCCAUUUCCACACCAAAAAUACGUUGAAUGGACUAAAAAUAUUUUCUUCUGCCUGCAUGGUCCCUUUUUCCCCUCAUCCGAUUUUUGAAAAAGCAGAGCUAUUUUUUUCUAUUCAUAUUUUUAAAGCCAAAGCCAUUUUAUGAAAAAAAAUAUAAAAAAUUUGAAACAGUAGUACAAAAUGGCAGCAUACAAUAAGCUACAUGCUUUUGGCAGAAAUGUUUAAUAUGUACUCAAUGACUUGUAGAAUAUUGCACCUUGCACUCCCCUUUACUUCUAUCAAACAUUUAAAUAAAAAUAUUUUUUAUUGCAGUUUCACGCUUCAAAGUUUUGGGACUAAAGUCAGUGGAAGAAGCGAUCGAUUUGUUGCGCCUCAAUAUGAAAAAUAAAAAGAAUUAAUGUAACCUUUACAGAAACAGUUUUUCUAAAUAGAAGAAUACAUAAAAUGUGUAUUUUCUUUAAAAAAAAAAAAUCUGAUUCAAGUAGCUUGGCUGGUUGUUCACCUAUGUUAAGGUAUAUAUACUUUGGGUACAUAAUUAUAUACCCUAAUGUUGACAUGGUUAGUAAAUGCGAAAUGACAA